UGCAUGAUGCAGAUGAACAAAUUUCAAGACAGCUUGGAUCUGCUUAUAGCACUGGGAUAACUUUAUAGAAAGAAAAAAAAACAGGUGGACUUACAAAACAUUUGUAUUUUGGGAGUGGGUCAGGAGCGCCUUCAAACCAGCACGAAGUUAAAGAAGAUGGGGCUCUGCCCCUCCAGGUGCAGUUCUGACCACAGAGCCUUAGAAAAUCCACCAGAGCCUCCUUCAUCAGUCUCUGAGGAACCCUUGAUUGUGUCCCUUUUUGACUUUCUGUCAUUUGAUGGAACGGAGUUGCUCAUGACCAUAGGGGAGAGACUUGGCAUCAUAUCAGACGAUGGUAAUGUUUUGAGGGUAAGAUCCACCACCACAAGCCGAGAGAUGUACGUUCCCAACAACUACACUGCCAAAGUGACACAAAGGUGGCUGUUCACAGGUGUAAGCAGGCUGAAAGCAGAAGAGCUCCUCAUGCAACCGCAAAACCACAUCGGAGGCUUCUUGAUCCGAGAGUCAGAAACGAAUGCAGAUUGCUUCUCUCUGUCUGUCCGUUGGCGAGUGAGUGCUUUGUACUCAGAUUGUGUUAAGCACUACCUCAUCUUUCAACUCCAAAAUGGCCGCGUCUACAUAACUCCAAAACGGUCCUUCUCCUCGCUCAAGCGCCUGGUAGAACACUAUUCAGAGUCUGCAGAAGGACUUUGCUGUCAGCUGACUGAGCCUUGCUUCAUUCAGGGUUUAGACGUCUCCAGAGAGAACACGCUUGUCGUACCCCCAGUACACGGGAAGCCCACCAAUAACUGGAAGGACAUCAGCAGAUCCAUGAUUCUAAAGAGGACGCGAACAGGGUCUGAAAACUCUUUGGUGAGCGAGGGCCUGAGGGAGGCCAUCAGCUCUUACCUCCAGAUGACAGAAGGGAACAAUCAAUGUUGGGACACUUGAGCUGAAAACUUCAAUUUGGCUAGAUUGUCUUGCAAAAACCCUGGACAAGACACAAAGUACGACAUUUGACACACUAGUGUACCAUAUGUGAAAGCAUUCCACACUGUGUACUUCCUUUAAUAUCAUUUUAUUUUACUAUUGAUGAAAAGUUCUGUGCUUAAUUUAUUAUUGACUACUCUUUGAAUGUAUCACAUUUAUGUGUGAAUGUUGAAUGUUUGUGAAGUCAUUUACUGUAGAUUUAAGUCAGUGAAUUCGCAGAACAAAAACAAGUUACACUCUGGACAAAAUGUCAAAUAAAUACUGUAACUAAUACUGUACGACACCACUUGGAUGCAAGCAAGCGUACCUUUUGUGCGGACGGCACUAGUUCUUUUGCCAGCCGGAGCUCCU